AUGUUCCGACUACUGGCCUGCUUGGCCCUCUUCGGGCAGCUUCACGGACUCUCUUUGCCGCAGCUGAUCAAAAUCUAUGGAGGCCACGACGCUCCCAUCGGGGCGUAUCCUUUUCUGGUGAACUUGCGGCGGGGCGGUCGCUUCAGAUGCGGCGGUUUUCUGGCUACACCAAGCUGCGUGGUCACGGCAGCCCAUUGCCUGCAGAACCGUCGCCACGUCUACGACGUGACAGUGCACGCCCAGCUGCAGUGUUUGGGGGAUGGGUCGGCGGCUGAAGAUGUGCGCCGCGCCUCGUUCUCCAUGGUGUCGCCCCACUAUUCCCCUCAAGACGAAUCGGACUCGGAUGUGGCCGUGAUCAGGCUGCAGCAACCGUUCAACAUUUCCAAUGAAAGUCUGCCCCAGAUUGACUUCAACGAACUGCCAAAGGCAGCGAAAUUCACAGUCAUAGGCUGGGGCAUAACAAACGAAUAUAAAACAACCUGGAACCAAUGUCUGCAGGCUGUUUACGUGGGGCUGGUGCCACAGGACGUGUGCCGCCGCACCAUGUUGCAUCCCAUCACCGACAACAUGUUCUGUGCGCUUGGAGAGAAUGGCGGAGACGCCUGCACGGGCGACUCGGGUGGACCCAUCCUCCAGGCAGGCCGUCCCGUAGGCAUUGUUUCCUGGGGCUAUAGAUGCGGAAGUGGCUCUCCGGGCGUCUACACCCGACUUAGUAGCCCUCCCAUCAAGUACUGGCUCCAGAACCUCCUCGAGCGCCAUUGCAGGGUGUAAUCUAUUGGAAUCUCCAUCGAAAUAAAUUAGAGUUAAUCUCUUUGCUGCACCCAUUGUAUGGCAGUCGACUAAUUCGAUAAUAA